AUGCCGAAGCGAAAUGCGCAGGCCAUCACCGCCACCGUGCUUGUGCUGAUGAAUGCAUCCUACUGGCAGCACCGCCGCCUGGCAGCAUUCAGUGCAGCCGCAGGGGGAGUGGGGCCCGGCUCAGGCAGCUCGACUGCUGAGGAUGUGGAACAUUUGCUCAAGGCCAUCCAGUGUAAUAUGCAAAGCAACCAUCGUGACAUGAUGAAACGCACUGACAACAUGGUGAAGUGCACUGACUUCUUAACGAGUGUGGUGCUUGUGAACCUGAAGCACCACUUGAGGCCACCAACUUCAGGGCACGCAUCACGUGGCUCCAACCAGGUCUUCCGCCGCCGCCUUAUGAAGUCCUAUGGCAUGACCCCGAAGUCAAUGUGGUGCAUGGUGCUGGGUAAGGCGCUUCCCGACGACUUCCUGGUUGCCACCCACCUUUUUGCCGUGCGAUGGGAGCGGUAUGCAGACAUCAUCAUGGGCAGUGACUUCCACAUCGAUGGCUCCCAGAAUGGCAUCAUUUUGUGCAGCGCCAUCCAGCAUGAGUACGAGCUGCAGAACAUCUGCUUCUCGAAGGGCAGCAACAAGCUUAAGGAUGAGUUCAUCCUGCACGUGCUGGACAAGUCCCUGCUGCCAAAGAAGCUGUCAUCCGUGGGUCAGCACAAGAAUGACACAGCCUUUGUGAAGGUGCUGGGUGACAUCACCUUUGGGGACCUUCACAACAAGCAUGUGAAGUUCGAGAGCACCACCGGCAAGGGGCCCUACAAUCGUGCUCUGGCCCUGCAGGCAAGGUUAGCACUGGAGCAUUGUGCAAAGACUUACCCGAACGACUUCGACCCGACAGUGUACCUCUUUGAUGACAUGUCACAGCAUGAUGGCAAGGAGGAGUUCAUCCAGAUGUGGCUGACCCGGCUAGACACUGGAAGUGUUGUGGAGGUGGAGACGGAGUCAUCCAUGUUCCCAGAGGACUCGGUGGACAUGGAGGAGGUGGAGGACAUGGAGGAGGUGUUCGAUGAACUGCUUAUGUGUGUUGUGGAGGUUUCCCUCAGCUAG